UUGAUAAGAAUGAUACGAAACGAAGAGACCGGGAAACGGGAUUAAUACCUAUUUAUUUUAAUAAUAAUAAAUAAUAAUAAUAUUGUGUUAGGUAUAUAAUUAUUAAUUUAUAUUGUGUGUACUAUGCUAUGAAAUUGUAUUCCUACUGACUAUACUUAUUUUUUCCAAUUUUUAUUGAUCCAUACAUACAGCCUGCAAUUAUUGUAUACCUAAACGUUGUUCUGUGCCUAAAUAUUUAAAUCGUGAUAUCAUUAUCAUAUUUAUAAUACAUAAUUUUGUAUUCAUACAUUUUUUUUCUGUCAGUAAGUAAUUUUGAAGUAUUAAAUAUGAAUACUGAUAUUACUUGUAAAUUUUGUACUGGGAAUCUUAGCAGAUAUGUUUGUCCAAAGUGUGGAGCACCCUAUUGUUCCUUAAUAUGUUAUAAAUCGCCAAUUCAUUUAGAAUGUUCAGAACAGUUUUACAAAGAAUGCAUUCAAGAAGAAUUAGAUGUUCAAGAUUCCGACGAUGUAGGCAAGAAAGAAAUGAUGGACAUUCUUAAAAGAGUAUAUGGAGAAAAUGAAGAUUCUGAAAGUGAUUCGGAUGAUGAAGAAUUCACAGAUAUCAAUGAGCGAUUGAAUGGAAUUGAUCUAAAUGAUGCCGAGCAAGUUUGGAGUUCAUUAACUGACUCAGAAAAAGCAGAAUUUGAACAUCUUGUUAAGUCUGGUGAUAUCUCUAAAAUUCUACCUCAGUUUACUCCUUGGUGGUGUUUACCGAUUGAAAAACAAAUAGUAACAGAAGUUAGUGAGAGUAUUAAUGAUAAUGAGUUUCCACAUUUAAUAACCAACAUUCCAAAAUUGUCUUUACUUUCAAAAAAACCUCCAUCAGACUGCAUUCAAUGGAAUUUAGUUAAUAUGAUAACUCCAUAUGUGUUUUUGAUACGUUAUUAUAAUGGUAAACAUAAAUCAUAUUUAUCAGAAUUUAUCAAUGGACUUUAUAAUUUGUCAAAAAAUCUAUCUCUCAAUCAGAAUUUUGAAUCAUAUGAUUUGGCAGUAAAAUCUGUUGAGCUUUGUAUUCAAGAGCAUGAAAUGUUCAAAGGUUUUCAAGAAGGUUUUAAUCUUAUAAAUAAUGACUUAGAAACAAUAUUUAGUAAUGGUUUGGAUUCAAACUGCAAUUAUAAUAUCAAAAUAGCUUUAUCGGAUAUACAUAAUUUACUGACAAUGUAUAAAAAUGACCAAAAAAAUGUUUCUUUGAAAAAAACAGAACAAGGAGAAUUUAACAGAAAAUUUCCUGAUGCUAAAGCUACUUAUUCCAUACUUGUAGACAUGAAGAAAGUACGUUUGUUAUUGAAAAAGAUUGAAUAUUUUUUAUCUUGGGUAGAUGAAAGCAAAUUAUAAGAAUAAGUGAUAAAUUUUUUUUUUUAUAGUGCAUUGAUGUAAGUUCAAUUUAUAUAAAAUGUUGGGUAACUUUGUUAAGUUAAUAAAAUACACCAUCAUAGAACAUGUAUUAUAUACUGAUCGAAAUAUGACAUUGAUUUAAUAUUCUAGUACAUACAUAUAUGAUAUAUUUGUUUACUGUUCAUCCUGUUUUAAAUACACUUUUAAAUAAUAAUAUUUUAAGAUAAAUAAAAUUUGUAUUUUGUAUA